AUGAAACACGACCGAGGAAUUGUAAACUGGGCUGAGCUUCCGAAGGAAAUGUGCGCGUCGAUCGGAAAACAUCUCGAUAAUGGCAUUGAUGUCCUUCGGUUUCGCAGUGUGUGCAAGUCAUGGCGUUCUUCUAUUCCCCCGGUCCAAAACACUGUUCCGCUUCCUCUGCCUCUCGAAUUUCCUGGUCCCAGAGCAUUCACCACCGUGCGCCUCUCACAACCGAAGAUCUAUCAUCUCCAACCUCCGCUUCAGGACUACCAAACCCCUACAUCAAAUCCUUCUCCUUCUCAGGGUUGGUUGGUGAAGCUUGAAGAAUCCCUCUUUUCUGGCAAAAUGCGUUCCUUAGAUCCCAUCUCCAACUGCCAAAUCCACGAUUUCCCACCAGCUUCUGCAAAAGCAUUGAAUUUAUUGGAUUUUCGGGUCGCUGAACUAAUCAGAUCUUACGCCCUUGAAUUCUUCUUCCACGUGGGUUUCGAUUUCGUUUUCGCAGUCAAAGUGGCAGUUCUAUCCCACAACUCUUGGUCGACGAACAAUUUUGCCCAGUGUGCAAUUAUGUACGUUGGUCUACUGGGUUUCUGGAAACUGGGAGAAACGAAAUGGAGCUUCAUUGAUGGUGAAAAGUUUUUUUACCACGACGUUGUUUCUUAUAAUGGAAAAUUCUACGCAAUUGAUAAAUUGGGUUCAGCGUAUUGGAUAGAUCCAUCAUUGAAUGCUAUUCAAUUUUCACCUCCUUUACCUGAUCUUGAUGGGCUGAACAGAAAACAGAAGCAUUUGAUCGAGUCAUGUGGUGAUCUUUACUUAGUUGAUCGGUUCCUUGAUAAAGAGCGCCUUGCAAAAGAUAGCGACCCUGACUUAGAUGGUUAUGUUGAUGAUGAUCAUUUUCUUGGUUACUUUGUCAAUUAUAAUCUUGAUGCAAGGGCUUUCAGUUUUAAAGUAUAUAAGCUGGAGAUGGAACAAGAUUGCCGCAGAUGGGUCGAGGUGAAAAAGUUGGGUGAUCGAGCAUUUUUUCUGUGCAGUGAUUGCUCUUUCUCCAUUUCAGCGAAAGAAUUUGGUGGUUUCAAAAGGAAUUGUAUUUAUUUCUCAAACGCUUCAGUAAUGAGGUCGGCUUCUUAUAAAUGUCAAGUGUUUGAUUUAGAUGAUGGAACCAUUAGCAGCCUCGACUAUUCUGAGUUCUUCUGUCCACCCUCUUGCCUCUAA